CUUCUGAGUAGUGCAGUGUAACAUUGUAUUGGAGCGUUAGACUCUGGUCAAGUAGCCUUGUUGGUGCUUGGUUCCAAAGGCCCGGUGACUUACAGAUUUCUUCUUCAAUUGAAUGUGACUCAAAACGUCAUCAACCAAAAUAGGACAAGUCGCGGAACUCAAAGACCCAUCAUCAUGCAUCCGGCACGCUACUUUUUGACGUUGUCAACCUCUCUUCUUAAAUCCCCGCAAUAGCAGCAACAUCCCUUCCCCAGCAAUAGCAAAAAUACCCACAAAAACACCCACAAAAACAACGACUUUGGCUCGAAUGUCCCCACCACCACCACCCGCCGAACCUAUCCUCCGGCUCCGCAGCUGCGUAGUGCGCGCCUACUCAGAAGGAGACUUUAAAUCCCUCGCCAAAGCUGCCAAUAACCCCAAGAUCGCGUGUCGUAUGCGCAACGCUUUCCCGCAGCCCUACACGACCGAUGACGCCAAGGCGUGGAUCUCCAUUGCCAACGCUGCGUCGCCGCAGCGUGACUUCGCCAUCUGCCAGCCCGGCGACUCGGGAGCCGUCAUUGGCGGCAUCGGCCUCAAGGCACGCGACGACGUACAUUACCGCACCAUGGAGAUUGGGUACUGGUUGUGCGAGGACUAUUGGCAUCGGGGGAUAGCCACAGAAGUCGUGUCUGCCUUCUCAGACUGGGUCUUUGACGAAUUUGACCACUUGAUAAGGCUCGAGGCUGAGGUUUUCGAGGGAAAUCUGGCAAGCGGGAGAGUGCUCGAGAAAGCCGGCUUCGACUUUGAGGGGAGACAGAAGAAGGCAGUAGAGAAACUGGGCACCGUCAUGGACAAGUUGGUGUAUUGUAAGUUUAGAGAGCAGAUCUAGGACACAUUCCUCAUUGUGAUAAAUGGUGGGGUGGAUUUCGAUUUUUCUAUUCCGCAUAUUCGCCAUAGACACAUCGGCGCGUAACAUCUCCCUCGUUAGUAUAUUAAUAUUAGACCUUUGUUUCCCUCCUGCUUUUCUAGAGAGGGGCUGGGAAAAUCUUUUUUUUUUGCUAGACCGGCCGAUUGGGGGUGGGGGCCCUGACGAAUAGUCAAAGAAGGGGUGAGGCUUAGCAGAGAGCCGAGGGAAGGGUCAAAUUUGGGCAAUGGGGUUCGUACGAAGAGAAUAGUAACCAUCUAC